CCUCAACCAGCCCUGGCGUUUCCGUCGUGACUUGUGACCUUUUGCUCCCACGCAUUUAUCCAAGCACCACCGCACGCGCGUCUUAUCCGAGUGCAACGAGCUCCUGCCGCAACUGCUUUUGACAAGUCGCAGAUUUCCAAGUUUCCGCCGCCUGGAAACUUGAACUUUCCUUCUUGUCUACCGCUUUGCGUGACCACUGCUUUUACCGUUUCCUUCGCGCAGCAAGUACCACUUGCUGACGUCGACGCCUUCGGGAAGAAGGUGCAACUUUGCAGACGCGCGCCUUCUGGCUUGACGUACUUGACUUGGACACCACCCUGUCUCCGUGCUGGCUCUGGUGCGAGACAAAGAUUGUCAUCCCUUUCACUAACUGUCGUUUUUCAUCAUCUUUUUUUUUUCUUUCCUGAGGGGCAGCCUUAGACAGCACUUUGGUCUUCGAACCACCAUGGUAAGCUGAUAAUAAAGGAGCAUCAUCAGACAUGGGGAGAGAGAAGAAACCACACCCUGGCCCGGGUACCGGGGCCAAGGAUCGCCACCGCAAGGCUGGCAAGGUCAAUAAAGCCAUUGAUCGCAGCGCGCCGCUGCCGCCAGGACUCGUCGCCGCGAAGCCAGUUACUGUGGUCAACAACAGCAAACACCAGUCGUACUUCGAGUUCGUCGAGAACAAAGACAAGAAGAAGCCUCUGCUCUUCCAGAUUACAACAAACAAAACCCCGCCUCCUGGGAUGAGGCAUAUCCCCCUUGGCAAUCCUGAACUGACCGAACGAUGCAAGGACAUCUCAAGAGAGACGGGGGCCUCGGUCUACAUUGUGACCAUGGCCAAGAAUAACGCCACGGACUUGAGUCAACAAAUUCACCGUGUCGGACACCACAUUCGCGAGUAUAUCGUGGAUAGGGCUCUGGAGGAACUAGGACUGGACAGUGUCAACGAGCCGGAGCUCAUAGGUCAAGGCGACGCUCAGGUCGAGAAGAUUCCCGAGAAACAGAACGAAAUCGAUAAGCAGGCGGACGCCGCCCUACGAGAACUAUUCCCUCGGAUUCCGAAUACCGACCGGCAGCAGAUUAUCGACCAUGCCUUCCAAAAGGGAACAAAAUUCAAAGGCGACCUAGUCGUAGGGCUCCAGCAGGACCUGUCUCUGUCGCGGCGAGUGCAGCUUGCCGUCCUGGCACACAUUCGACAUAACCAUACCAGAUAUGACCAACUCCUUAGGGAGACCACUUGGCAUAAUGCCAGGCGAGUUACCGAGCAGCUUUGCCUGGAUUUCCUCGUCAAGUGGCGAGGCGACGACGAAAAUGGCCGCAACCAGCUUGAUGAAAUCCUUCGCGAGGUCGUGGUUCUCUCUGACGACUCUGACGAUGAGGACUCGGGCGAGGAGCCCGACUCUGACUCGUCGGAGGUACUCAUCACCAGGUCCCACAACGUUGGCAGAGUAUCGGAGCCGGCCGUAGUCCAGAACGUCGCUAACCGCGAUAAACGCUUGUCGACAGCGAUACCAUCACAUCCAGGAUCCCCAAUGCCCCUUGCCACGCCCGGGAUGUCCAAGAGGGCUUACAAAAAGGCACGCAGACGGGCCAAGCACCGUGAGCGUAACUUCAGUCGUUAUGAGGCUGCUGCAAACGCUGCCUGGGAUAACGCCAGACAGCGGCAGCGCGGGCCCGAUGAUCGCACGAACCAGGCAGGCAGCUCCGUUAGUCACGGAGCGCAUCAACAGGGUCCGCCUGUUGAAUUCAUCGAGAACAGAGUUCCCAUGGGGCAUAUCAAUCGCGCGGGCUCGCAGAUGAGGCUACCCCCUGCACCGGCCCGCAACAACGCAUAUGAGCCCAGGCAGCACAUGGAAAGUGCCUAUGGGAGACCCAAGGUAAAUGGAGCUGGCGACAUUCCCAGUCUCGGUCCCUCAAACCACGCAGGUGCCCGGGCUCGAGAGAGCAACCAGCUGCAAGAUUUCCUCCACCCAUCCAUUGAGCCGAGAUCCCCUGACGGUGUGAGAUCUCCAUCACGCUAUUCCCGUGGCAUGGUGGAAUUCACGGACCGCAGAGGUGAUGAGCUGUACCCGCGUCUGAACUCCCCACCCCGUGGCCCAAUGGUACGAGAGGAGCGUUACGUCCAUCAACCCCCCAUCUACCAAAGUCAUCCCAUCCAUGCGAGACCUUUGCGUGAUGGCCAGGACAUUGUUCAACCGCUUGAACCAUUAUAUCGCAAUGUGCCACAGGAUUCAGCUCGGCCACUCGUGUAUCAGCAGCCCAUGCGAGAUCGUGGCCCUCCCCGACCUCAGGUUUACGCUGAUAGAAUCAUCCACCGAGAGGACAAUUUGAGACGACGUCAAGGCAGUGUCCCAGGAGAAAGAGCCAAUCCCAUUAUGAUUGAGGAUCACAAUGUUCACCCAGGUACAGUCGUUCUUGGCACAGGCGAGAGCGUUAGGGACAGAUUUGGCCCCGAUGUUGAGAUCCUUGCUGUCCACCGUCCCGGACGUGAUCGUGGCCCGGAUGCUCAGCGUUUCAAUUCAAUGGACGAAGGCUUCAUUCGCUUACGGGAGAACAACAUCAAUCAGCGCAAUGGACUGGAAGAGGAGGGCUUUCUCAGGCUUAGAGAGCGCCCUGUCGCCGAACCCAGGCAUUCUACAUAUGGUGUUGAUGGUCGUUCCCGUCUCGAUGACUAUCGGACUGCACAACAGCCGCCGUCAUAUCGACCAGCCGAACCUUCCGGGCAGGCCAUCUACGUUAGGCGCGUGGAGAGGCCGCAUCAAGCUGAUCUAGCCUAUCCGGUGCACACUUAUGAACGUGUGGAGGCAGUUCGAAAUGACGGCCUUGCUCAGCGCGGAGUCCGGUCGCCUGUAUAUGGCGGAGCGCCAUAUGAGCAUUCGCAACAUCACUCGAUGCAGGGAGCAUACGGUGUCCCCGUUCAUCGACACGCCAUGCCAGCUCCAGGACCUGAGGAUCCGUUUAGGUCCGACCGAUACAGGCCAUCGCAACCGCGCCAGUGGCCGCGCUCAAAUGACGACGUAAUCGUGCUCGAGUAAGCACGACUAGACAUGGAAUAUGUUUCCAGCACUGUUCAUAAUCGUAAUGAUUAUGCAACCAUGUGUGGUUAGGAUCAGGGAUGGCAGCAUAUGCAAGGCGUUCAUGGAUUACCAGCAUCCGCCGAUGAGGGGUAUUGUUUUUGAGAAUCACCAUGGACGGACGGGCGAGGUAUAAGUCUUUUCUUCGUUAGGGAACAGAAGGGCCAGUCAGCCAGUGACAGCUUGGGGAGGAUGCAUGGAAGGAGUUGUUAGAUAUGAUACCCAAAGACGAUGAGCAUAAACUGCUCUCGUCUGCGUUUUAGUGGAGGACUAUGGAUGGGAAACCCAUCCGAAUGAGAACAUGUUAAAGAACCACAUCGAAUUCAUUGCACGACGGAAAGCACCGUUACAUAUCUUCGUGGAUAUGCUGACAUGAC